CUGUCUCGACCCUCCAGCUGCCGGUAUGGAGGCGGCUCAGAUCCGGAGCGCCCCGCGCUCACCCUGACUCGGUGCCAGCGAGGAGAUUCGUUCUCUCAGUUCCGCUUCUCAGAGGAGAAGGAGUGGGAGAUGGACCCAGUCAUGGCCAGCCAGAUGUCAGCAGUGGUGUUGGACCUCCCAGCUCUCGCACAGACUCUUCAACCAGUUCCUCUCCACCAGCGGCUCAACCUGGAGGCCGAGCUGGUUCAGGUCUCGGCACCAGCAGAGCUGCCCGCCGUUACCCUCACACCUAAACAGGAAGUGUCCAAAACAUCCAAAUUCACCCCCUCAUGCCCGGCCGUCAGAGGCCUCAGCAUCAACCACAGAGCCCCCCCGGGUCCUCCUGCAGCCGCUGAGCCUGUGGGGGGGGACGAUGGCGACGCAGACCUGGACCAGCUGCUCGGCUUACAGAAACCAGACCGGAGCGCUGCAGGGACCCAGUCAGUCAGCGGCGCAGAGGAGGAAAGUGCCGCUCCAGAACAAGCUCAUGAGGACGAGAUUGUACCAACGGGGAAAGAAGAAGUUAAAGUCAAAGAUGUCACACCUCCAAAGUCCCCGUCCAUCAGAAAGGAGAUGACGGAGGAUGAUCUGGAGGACUGGCUGGACAGCAUGAUUUCCUGA